AUGGAUACUAUUAUUGAACAAAGCGAAAUUUAUGCUAGCCAACAUAACAGAAUAAAUUUUCUGCUAACCGAAGAAGAACUAAAAUUAUUUAUUGGCGUACUACUUCUGAGUGGUUAUCAUAAGCUUCCCCACAAGAAUAAGUACUGGGAACAGGUUCCUGAUGAAUUUGGUAAAUUUGGCGUAUUUCAUUCAGAACUCUCAACUGAUGAAAUAAUGGUACAUUAUUAUGGCAAACAUUCAGCUAAAAUGUUUCUGAGGGGAAAGCCUAUGAAAUUUGGAUAUAAAAUUUGGUGUCUUACAAGUUCCAAUGGCUUUCUUUAUAAUUUUUCACCAUACUGUGGCAAGACUGACAACAAACAGGAGCCUUUAGGUGCAAGGGUAAUAAAUGAACUAACCAGCAUGAUUCCAGAAUCAGAGUAUCCGAAUUAUAAGCUUUUCUUUGACGACUUUUUCACCAGUGUUGACACACUGAUCACACUCGGAAAGAGUAAAAUGAAAGCUGCAGGAACAAUAACAGAGAUCCGAACUAAUGCAUGUCCUUUAAUUGACUCAAAAAGAAUGGCAAAAGGAAGGAACGAGGAUUCUAUGACUACAUAUUUGACAAAGAGAAUGAAGUUCUGGUUGUGA